CUUCAUUUUAGCUUAGAACGCCAAAGCGCCAAGUUCCGUGUUUCGUGCAGCGGCUGCCGACAAGUGUUGCUGUUGCUGUUCCGCUCGCACUCACACCGCACACACACUCGCAGCGGGAGCGAGCGAGAGAGGCAGACAUUUACGCAGAACAUGUUUUCGCAAUAGUGUUGGUGUGCCGUUUGUUGUUGUUAUUGUUUCCAUCGCUUAGGGCCGUUAAUAAAAGAUAAAUAAGUGAAUAAUUGAAUUAUAAAUAUAGAGGGUACAGCCACACACACAGCAGUGUAUUAUAUAGAUAAAUUUAUUGCACCGUACCCCUGAAAUGUGUUAAUUAUAUAAAAAAAAAGUAAAUAAACGUACGUGUCGGAAAGCAACAGUUUGUGCUCGACAAAAACCGAGAAAUCUUAAAAACGAAAUCAGAAACAUACAAAAUUCUAAUUUCUCUCGCCAUUUUUCGGACGCUCCUUAUUAGUCAUGCUUGCAAAAACAAAAAUUUUUGCCGACUGGGAAUGUGAAGCCUGAUUCUGCCAUGCCCCUUUUGGCCCUAACCAACAUUACGUAUACGCAAUAAGCACAAUAAAAACAAAACGGCAAUUGUUGUGAAACCUGUUCCCUUUUUUUUGUGGCCGUCUGCAGCUUGCAACUGAAAAAAGAAAAAAAUCAAAAGCUCGACGAGAUACCAAAAUAAACCUUGAGUGCGCCAAAAAGUGAAAAUCGAAAAAAAGAACUCAAAAAGGCUGAAAGAGUAUAAAAUUCCUUCUGACCAACUUGUUUUGUGCAGUUUUAACCCACCUGAAGUGGCAUAUAUUUCCAUGUUGUUUUUAUUUCUUUUUAUAACCCUCGCAAUUUAUUGUUCAAUUUAGUUUAAGAGGCGUGCACGAAAAUUAACACAAACCGAAAACGUAAACAGAGGAAGAAAAAUCGGCAGUGAAUAAAGCCAAAAUCGGAGUCGCAAUCCAAAUCGAAAUCUAAAUCCACAUCAGAGUAAAAAUGGCCGAGUCAACAACCACAUCGCCAUCGGUGACGAGCGAAGAUGGCCAAAUCCAUGGCUUGAAUAGCAGUGAUAACGACUCUGGCGACUCGUGUCACCUGCGAAUUGUUGUGCUUGGCGGCCAGUCGCUAGCCAAAAAGGAUAUAUUUGGCGCCAGCGACCCGUAUGUCAGAAUCGAUUUGAACACAAUCGUCGGUGAUAUUAAUAUUGACUCUGUUUUGACGAAAACCAAAAAGAAGACCCUGAACCCAAUCUGGAACGAAGAGUUCAUAUUCAGAGUUAAACCGUCUGAGCAUAAGCUUGUAUUUCAAGUAUUUGACGAGAAUCGCCUGACACGCGACGACUUCCUGGGAAUGGUCGAGUUGACUCUGGUGAAUCUGCCCACCGAGCAGGAGGGCCGCACCAUCGGCGACCAAAGCUACACUCUGCGCCCGCGCAGGUCAGUAGGCAGCGCCAAAUCCCGCAUCAAGGGCACCCUGCGCAUCUACCACGCCUUCAUCCGGGAGACGCGGGAGCAGAGCGAGCCAUCUAGCGACAACAGUGAUGGCGGGUGGGAGCACGUGGACGCCACCAGUGCCGUUGAGACCUCAGCCCAGCCGUACCCCUAUAAUAAUAGCUUUCCUACUGGCGGCCACGAUGCCCUGCCCGCUGGCUGGGAGGACCGCCAGGAUGCCAAUGGGCGCACUUACUAUGUGAAUCACACGGCAAGGACAACGCAAUGGGAGAGGCCUACUAUCUUAACAAGCAACAGUAGUCAAUCCACUGACCAGUUGGCCUCGGAUUUCCAGAGACGUUUUCACAUCAGUGUGGACGAGACGGAGUCCGGACGUACGGCGGACACCAUCAGUCGAAAUAGCUUAGAGGACAAUAACAAUGUUGCUGGCUUAGCAACUACACCAACAACAGAUGCAACCACACUAACAACGAUCUCACCACCCAACACACCAACGAACAACAAUGGAUUUCCCAUGCAAAAUGGCCAAGAGGGCGUACAGACAGAUCCAACAGUGCAACAUACCAGUUUUGUUUACAAUUCCCUGCGACAUCCCGUCGCCCAUAGGCAGCCCGAAAUCUCAGCAACCAGUUUGCAGAACGACCUGCGACCGGUGCGGGAGGCGCCCGGAGUGCCGGAUGUAGCUUUAACCAACCUGUUGACGCGGCGGGCCGUGGACAACAUGGCCGGCGGUAUGGAACGACAGCAGCAGCGGCGGCGACAGCAGAUGCAAAUGCACAUCCAGCAGCAUCAACAGCGGCAACAGCAACGACAGCAGAAUAGAAUAUUGCUUGAUGUGGAUCAUCGUCAGCAGGAGCUGCAACAUCAGGGGCGACACCAGCAACUUGAAUUACACCAGCAACAUCAGCCAUUGAAUGAAGACACCGAUCACACAGACAGCCACAAUCCCUCCGACAUCUCAGCUCCGUCCACACGACGCAAUUCCGAGGAAGACAACGCGGCUGUGCCUCCAAUGGAACAAAAUGCUGGUGGCGAGGAGGAACCCCUUCCACCGCGCUGGUCGAUGCAGGUGGCUCCUAACGGACGAACCUUCUUCAUUGACCACGCCUCCCGGCGGACCACUUGGAUUGAUCCGCGCAACGGUAGGGCCAGCCCUAUGCCAAAUCAGACGCGCCGCGUCGAAGACGACUUGGGUCCUUUGCCGGAGGGCUGGGAAGAGCGGGUGCACACUGAUGGACGCGAGUUCUAUAUAGAUCAUAACACGCGAACCACGCAGUGGGAAGAUCCACGUUUGUCAAAUCCAAACAUUGCCGGACAGGCCGUGCCCUACUCUCGAGAUUACAAGCAGAAAUACGAAUAUUUCAAGAGUCAUAUUAGGAAGCCUACAAACGUACCAAAUAAAUUUGAAAUACGUAUUCGUCGUACAUCGAUUCUGGAGGAUUCGUACAGAAUUAUUAGUUCGGUGACCAAGACCGAUUUACUAAAGACCAAAUUAUGGGUAGAGUUUGAGGGGGAGACUGGCUUGGACUAUGGUGGCCUCGCUAGGGAAUGGUUCUAUUUACUAUCGAAAGAAAUGUUUAAUCCGUACUAUGGACUCUUUGAGUACUCGGCCAUGGACAAUUAUACGCUGCAGAUAAACAAUGGCAGCGGUUUGUGCAACGAGGAGCAUUUGAGUUACUUUAAAUUCAUUGGCCGCAUUGCGGGCAUGGCUGUGUAUCAUGGAAAGCUGCUGGAUGCCUUCUUCAUUCGUCCAUUCUACAAGAUGAUGCUCCAAAAGUCCAUUGACCUGAAGGACAUGGAGUCAGUGGACACCGAGUAUUAUAACUCGCUCAUGUGGAUCAAGGAGAACGAUCCGCGCAUCCUGGAACUAACUUUCUGCCUGGAUGAGGAUGUUUUCGGCCAAAAAAGCCAGCACGAACUUAAGCCGGGCGGCGCCAACAUAGACGUGACCAAUGACAACAAGGAUGAAUACAUUAAGCUCGUUAUUGAAUGGCGUUUUGUGGCGCGUGUCAAGGAGCAAAUGUCGUCCUUCCUAGACGGCUUUGGGUCGAUUAUCCCCCUGAAUCUUAUUAAGAUAUUCGACGAGCACGAGCUGGAGCUGCUGAUGUGCGGAAUACAGAACAUCGACGUGAAGGAUUGGCGCGAGAAUACUCUGUACAAGGGCGACUACCAUAUGAAUCACAUGAUAAUCCAGUGGUUCUGGCGGGCGGUGCUAUCUUUCUCUAACGAGAUGCGUUCGCGUCUGCUUCAGUUUGUGACGGGCACGUCGCGAGUGCCCAUGAACGGUUUCAAGGAGCUGUAUGGCUCCAAUGGCCCCCAGAUGUUCACCAUAGAGAAGUGGGGCACACCCAAUAACUUCCCAAGGGCACACACCUGCUUUAAUCGCCUGGACCUGCCGCCCUAUGAGGGAUACCUGCAGCUGAAGGACAAGCUGAUCAAGGCCAUCGAGGGCAGCCAAGGAUUCGCUGGAGUUGAUUAAUAACACCGGCAACGGGAGUGCAAGCGAAUGGCUUUGGCUGGAGGUGCAGCAGCAGUUUCAGCAGCGCCAGGAGGAAGAGCAGCUACAACGAUUACACACAUCACAAGAACCACAAGAUCAACAACAACAACGACUUGAGCAGCAGCAGCAGCAGCGAAAUCAGCGGCAUAACCGCAACCUCAUUGCAUUCACUUGGAAUAGCACCGCCAGCAGAUCGUGUACUUAUUUGUUCGUUUGCUUUUGUAUUAUAAUCAUUUUUGCUAGUUUAGUGUUAUUUCGUAUGUAUUUUAUCUAGGCGCCAAAACUCACACACAACGCAUACAACUUAUACAAGCUGAGGAGAGACGGAUCCAAAUAAAGCUGCGCAUGGUGAACCACAAGAACCUAACAAAGAGUCCAAAUUAUCUAUAAAUAUAUUUAUUACAUUGCCGACAAUUGUAAAAAGUUGAGAACGUUUUACAAACUAUGUGCGAAGAGAGAAAUCCAAACUAACUAUUAAAUCUAUAGAGUCAAAGUAUAUCUUGUAUGUAUAUGCAGAGAUACCUUUUUAUAAUUGUUAUUUUUAUGCGCUAUUCAUCUAUACAUGCCCACAGCAAAUACCUAAAGGCGAGAAAAAAAUAUAAAAACUAUAGCAAGUUAAUAUUUGUAAUCUGAUGGUCGCAUAUUUUUAAACAAAUUAAAUUUUCUAUUCUGUAUAACUGUAUGUGUAUUCAUAAUAAUUAUAAUGUUAGUCCGUAAAAGUCGCUCUUUACUAUUAAAUAAAAAGACAAACAUUAAAUAUAUAUGAAAAAGAAAUCUAAUAUAAAAAAAAUACAAUCAAUGUAUAUUGUAUAAAUGUUAAUUAUAUACAGACACACAUUCCAAAUGUUUAUUGCGAAAGAGAAACUCUGCAAAAGGAGGCCUAUAUGAUAAUAUGAUUAUUGACCUAUCGGAAGUCUAUCAAAAUUAAAUUUUAAAAUCAAAUUAAGAAAUGAAAGAGAGGACUGGAACUUCUGUUUCAAAGUCAGAGAGCGACACUGAGAAAAAAUACCAAUAAAAAUGGUUACAGCUAAGUAAUUAAAA